GACGUUAUCGUUUCGUUUAGUUACUAGGCUAGAUCUUGAUCGUUUGGUUUGGUUGGUUUCCAAGGAUAACAAGACAAGAAAUUCAGUAUCUAACUUAUCUAGCCUAGUAUUUUCCAUUGCGUAAGACUUUUUAGGAAUUUGUUUGACUGAACAAGAAAUGGAAGAUUAUUAUGAGUUCAAUGAUGGCAAAAGAGGGAACCCUCCUUGGUGGGCCAAAAUCUCCGUUGAACCUGUGAUGUUUUUGUACAUGGGUUCCUAUAUGGUGUCUUCUGUCGUGGAGCAAGCUUUCUUUGUUCACAAGGCCUGCAUGGUUGAUGUCGGACUUCCUGCCGAUGUAUGUGCCAACAUAUCAGCUAAAGAGAACGAAGAGUACAACAAAAGAGUGCAAGUAGUAGUCUCAACAUUUCACCAGUAUGAGGGCAUUGCUAGUCACAUAGUCCCAAUGAUUCUGGCGUUUUAUCUUGGCGCGUGGAGUGACCGAGUGGGUCGAAAACUUACACUAUUACUUGGGCUCUUCGGCAGUCUGUACUACUGGAUAGCCCUCAUUGUUAAUUCAUUACAAGAGACGUGGCCUCUACAGACCGUGUUGUACACUGCUACGUUCCCCGCUGCGCUGACAGGCAGUUCGCUAGCCAUCUUCAUGUCGGCCAUCAGUUACCUGUGUGACAUCACUACGCCGGAAGAGAGAACGGUCCGAGUCACUCUGCUAGAGGCGGCCUAUCUUCUCACCAUGCCAACUGGUGUUGCAGUAGGUUCGUACCUCUUCAAGAAGGUUUUGAACGGACAGUUCACACUGAUGUUUUGUGUGAGCGGUAUCAUGAUGCUGUUGUCCAUAUUCUGGGCCAUUCUCAGGCUACAAUGGUGCACCAACAAGACUAAACAGACAGCCCCGAUCAGUUGUGUAGGAACUGUACGAGACACGCUGCGAGUCGUUACUAAAAGUCGACCUGACAGUUACGCAUUGUAUUUACGUAUCAUUGUCUUCGCCAUGGCCGUCUACACGUUUCAGAGAGAUGAGAAGAAUAUGACUUACUUGUAUACAAUACUAAAAUUCAACUGGAACGUCCAGACGUACAGCACCUUUCGAACAUUUCAGUCUUCAUUUUUUAUUUUAGGACUACUGGUAGGUGCUCCUAUCCUAGGCAAGAUGUUUGGUUUGAGAGACACAGUGAUUGUCAUGAUAGGAGCCGCGUCUCAUUGUGUAGCGAGAGUGGUUUACGCUCUUGCAUCUCAACCUGUUGUCUUCUAUGUUGGUGGUGCUUUAGGGGCGCUGGGACCCAUUGCAGCUCCAGUGUUGAGGUCGAUUGUUUCCAAACUAGUGCCUGCGUCUGAGAGAGGAAAAGCGUUCUCCCUGCUGUCCGUAGCCGAUACUUCGGUACCAAUAUUGUCCAGUACGAUAUACAGUCAGUUGUACAACGCAACCAUUGACUUUGCUCCAGCCUCCAUAUUCUGGGUCACAGUCUUCACUCAACUACUAGUGUUUGGCUGUGCUCUAGCAAUACAGUGUAUCCAAGGGUCAAGAAAGUUAGAGCAAGCUGUUGAUCCACAAGAAGAAGUUACAAAUGAACAAGUAGUCGCAUAAUCUUCACUGUCAAACAGUUGAUGUAAUACCAGGACAUAUCAGCUCUAUACUGUGUUACUUAGUUUUUACUGUUGUAGUGUUUGUUUAAAGCCUGAACAAACUAGAGAGAUUCUCAUUCUCUACUGUGAUCAUUCCUUUUAAGUAUUAAAUAUUUACAUUAUUA